AUGAGGGACACGUGUUGGAUUGACCAGAAGUCCCGCGUGGACUACGCUACAGGCUAUAACUCCACCAGCAGGCAGCAGCGCCGUCCAAUGGCAAUGAGAAUCAUGGAUGGUCGAAGACCGAAGGAGAAGAAGUUUUAUCGUUUGGCUUCUCUGUUCUCACCACUCUGUUUCUCACGUCCUCUGCUCAAAACUGCACCAAACUACACCUUCAACAGCAGCAGAGUCUUCUCCAGGUGUCGUGAUCUCCCCCACCUGAGCUCUCACCUCCACUGGACCUUCAACCAGUCCACCGGCCAGCUCGAUAUUGCCUACCGGCACGGCGGAAUCAACUCGACCAACAAAUGGGUCGCCUGGGCCCUUAACCCCACCGGCAGUGUGUCCGCCGCCAUGCCCGGAGCUCAAGCUCUGGUAGCCAUACUACAAAAUGGGACCACCAGGGCGUAUACCUCGCCAAUCUCCAGCUAUGCCACCUCGUUACAGGCGGGGAAUCUGAGUUUUCCGGUGUCGGGAUUGGCGGCGACGUAUCAGAACAGGGAGAUUAUCAUAUUCGCUACUCUCACUCUCAAUGGAGGUGCCAGUUCGAUGAUUCAUACUUGGCAGGAAGGAGUGGUCUCUGGCUCUACUCCUCAGGCUCAUUCCAUGAGUUCUGAUAAUACCAACGCCAAGGAGACCUUGAAUCUUGUUGAUUAG